UUUAUACCGCUCCGGGGGUUGUCCCGCCUUUUCGGUCCGAGGAGCCGCCGCCAUGAGCAGCAAAGUGUCCCGGGACACCCUGUACGAAGCGGUGAAGGAGGUGCUGCACGGCAGCCGCGCCAAAAAGCGCAAGUUCGUGGAGACCGUGGAGCUGCAGAUCAGCCUUAAGAACUACGACCCCCAGAAGGACAAGCGGUUCUCCGGCACCGUCAGGCUGAAGUCGACGCCACGGCCCAAGUUCUCGGUCUGUCUGUUGGGGGACCAGCAGCACUGCGAUGAGGCCAAAGCGGUUGACAUCCCGCACAUGGACAUAGAAGCUCUGAAGAAGCUCAAUAAGAACAAGAAGCUGGUGAAGAAGUUGGCUAAGAAGUACGAUGCCUUCCUGGCUUCUGAGUCCUUGAUCAAGCAGAUUCCUCGAAUCCUGGGCCCAGGCCUGAACAAAGCUGGGAAAUUCCCUUCUCUGCUUACCCACAACGAGAACCUGGUGGCUAAGGUUGAUGAGGUCAAAUCGACCAUUAAGUUCCAGAUGAAGAAGGUGCUCUGUCUGGCUGUGGCUGUCGGUCACGUGAAGAUGACAGAGGAUGAACUUGUCUACAACAUCCACCUGGCCAUCAACUUCCUGGUGUCCCUGCUGAAGAAGAACUGGCAGAACGUGCGAGCUCUGUACAUCAAGAGCACCAUGGGGAAGCCCCAGCGCCUCUACUGAGGGGGCAGCAAUAAACUCUGUGGGCACCCACG